AUGGAUACUUCUUCGGACCUCUCUACCAAGCGAAUUCGCAAGGGGACUAAGAGCUGUGUUGAAUGUCGACAGCGCAAGAUUCGAUGUAUUUGGGAGACUGAGAUUGAUCGAGUUUGUACGGGAUGCAAGACGCGACAACGACGGUGUGUACCGCAGGUAUAUCAACAGCGACCAACCAAUACAACCGAGUCAUCCCGAGCAGAWCGGAUCGAGAGAUUGGAAAGACAAAUUGCUCGCAUUGCAGCUGCCGUUCAGAGGAACGACCCCAUCGACUCUCAUCCAUCCACUUCCUCUUCCACAUCUCCAGCCGUAGAGGAUAUCACAGCAGAUCAAGAACUAGAAGGACCAGCCACAACACCCCCUGCACAUCUUAGAUUCCUCUUCGACAACUCCUUGAUAGCUCCCAGCCGUYAGCGUGGUGAUACCCAGCAACAGGCAAUACGUCCUCCAUGCUCACCAAAGUACCUCGCACAAGCUCGAGCUAAGCUCCAACAUGUCAUGCCCUGUGAGGAGGAUGUUCGAGCUGCUGCUGGGUAUGGUACUGCAUGGAUGCAAUUACACCAGAGCUUGUUUGCGACCCCUCUGCAAUUCGGUUCGAGCGAGGUCAUGAUUGAGAGGUAUCAAGAUCAGCUAUUACCGGAUGCUCAGAUUGUGGAUAUCGCUUCCUUUCUGCUUGCAUUCGCCAUUACUGUUCGACAAGUUCCUCCUGGUGAGCAACGAUUGACGCUGAAGGAUGUGCCAAAGUACGUCCAGGAAGUGUUGCAUGCUGUUGAGAGUACAAUCGUCUCUCAUUCCGGGAUUGCAUCUACUGUUGAAGGCUUGACUACAACGGUACUGUACUUGCGGUUGCAAUUGGGCUUUGGUCAAAUCAAGCAAUUAUGGCUGACACUUCGCCGAACGAUUGCUUUGGCUGAGCUGAUCGGUCUUCCACGAACGUGGACCAGCCAUCACCUCGAGAGCCAACGCACAGAUAUUGAACAGAUUGAUCGAGAUCCUCGAGUCAUCGAAAAGGCAGCACUAUGRGAGGCUAUCUGUGCUACAGACCGACUUAGCUCUAUGAUGUUUAAUCUUCCCGUGGCUACUGCUACCCACAAGUUCCCACGCCGACAGAUCUUGGGUCCUGCUGGAAUUGUACUAUCGCAGCCGUACUUACUCGAACUCGCCGGGAUCGCUAUGCGUGUACAAGAGCUCGACGAAAGCCACACGUCCGGACAACCCAAAACCGAAGUCUAUACAAAAGUUCUGAAUAUCGACAGUGACAUACAAAGCCUCAAGUCAUUGACGCCUCGAAGUUGGUGGGAGGAAGGUCAUGGUGCCAUCUCUGGAGACCAUUUGGUACAAUUCUGGCACUUUUAUUUACUCCUUCGCACUCACAUUCACUCGGCGAUGGACAAGGACGAGCAUGAACAGUACAAAUACAGCCGUAUAGUCUGUUCAGAUGCCUGUCGAAGUCUGGCGCAACGAUAUGGAUACGUGAGACGAAAUCUCCCUCCUGGCUUCUUCAUCUGUCGUAUCAUCGACAUGCAGAUAUUCUCUGCUGCGAUAUUCUUGGUUCUGUCGUGUUUUGAGCAAAUUUCCACACGGAUGCGUCAGGCUUUUUCGUUGGAAGAUGAGAAUGAGGAAGCCGUGAGGGAUAUUCUCAAUACCAUGGAAUCCGUCUCCGAUCAAGUCAGCGGGGAUUUCGCAAGGGAGGCUUCUGCGGCGGUGAAAUCUCUUAUGACGCUGUUAAGGAAUCCUGCUGUUGAUACUUCUUCUUCACAAGGUUUGACUUUGAGGAUACCUUUGUUGGGGAAUAUACAUAUUACUACUACACGACAACAGACGGAUCAAAUACAGCGUCCGCUAGGGUUGGAUCAAUAUCUCCCACCAUCGCUCGCUGGCCAUAUACCGAAUGACCUACCUGCGAUUGCAAGCGAGCCCAGCAAUAGUUUCAACAAUCCACCAGAUGGAAUGCCGUGGUUUAUGGAAUUGGAUAUGGAUAUAUCUUCACUCCAGGAUCCAUUCAUCACCGACGACUACUUUGGAGAAUGGGAUCAAUUGAUGAUGAAUUCCAAUUCCUCGCUGUGA